AAAAAAACCCAACGUUCAGCCCUCACUCACUCACUCACCCCCUUCCCCCAACACGGCAACACCCCCACCUAUUCGUGAAUCACUAUCCCUCUGAACUCUGAAGCAAAGUUCAAAAUCACCCAACCAAAACCCUAGGUUCUCCCUGCAACGGUUCUGCCGCAGUGCCGCCGCCUUCCGUGCUGUCGGCGCCUCCGCGUCCUCUCUUGUAGCCCAGGCCCUCUCUUGUAGAUCGGCGUCCUCCUUCCCCCUGUCCCUGUCCUCCCUGGCUUCUUUGUUCAAGGCUUGGAGCAGCUCGCCGCCGUGUCGCCGGUCGCCGUUGUCUCGCCGGUCGCCGUCCGUGUCUCCGUCGAAGGUGCCAAGCCGCUCUGAAGCUCUGAUUCCUUCUCCGUCUUGCUUCCCCAACCGUGGUUUCCUUGACUACCCUACCCCAAACAAUUGGGUAGUCAUGAAACAUUAGAGACUCUAUCCGCCUCUGCUUUGAAGAUGUCCCUUACUGCUCCAGGGGGAGUCGUUGUCCAGUGACGACUCAGACUCUCUUCUGCCGCCAAUCUCGCAACUGUGUUCGCAAGUUCAUUUCCCUCUCCUGGUGUCCAGGACCAAACCUAGUUCCUAAUUUCUCUCAAAUUGGAACUCCCAGUUCUCCAAACUGGCGCAUAACACAUUGGUGUUCAACUCUCUCUGACUCUCUUACGCCUCUAGGGGAAGGACAUCGGCAACCUCGCAGCACCACCAAUCACUUCUGUGUAUGUGUUCCGAUGAGGUUGCUUCCUUCGCCGUAGUAGGUGUCUUCUCUGCUAGCGCAACUCUUUAACCUUCACCACCACCGUUCACAACUUCAUCUUUCUUCUGGGAACAAAGUUGAAUCUGAGUUGACUAAUAUCUGCACUGAUAUCAUGGCUCUUAUUGAUGAAAACCUUAUUCCAUCUUGUUCUGGUGGUGUACCUAGUGUCAUCUUCUAUAAAAUGAAGGGGAACUAUUAUCGGUAUCUGGCCAAAAUCAAGUAUGUUGAUAAGAGAAAGGAGGCUGCUGAUCAGUCCUUGAAAGCAUAUCAGAGAGGUAGCAUAUUUCACUUCAAAGUUACUCCAAGACGGAAGCCUCUGCUCAGAUGGGUAUAUUGAAGUGUCUGGGGCUGCCCAGGCAUCAGGUUUUCACGGCCAGAAAGUAUCUUAAUGUAUCGAGCUUCUCCUGUCUUCACACAGCACAAAAUUCCUCAGUGGAAGCUCACUCACAAGAUGAGGAUGUGGUGAUUGCUUUGGGAAGUAAUGUAGGUAAUAGGGUUCAUAACUUCAAGGAAGCCUUGAAAAUGAUGAAGAAGUCAGGCAUACAGGUCACAAGGCAUGCUUGUUUGUAUGAGACAGCACCGGCAUACAUUACUGAUCAACCUUGCUUUAUCAACUCUGCAGUUAGAGCUGUUACUAAACUAGGUCCACAUGAAUUAUUGGCUGCUCUCAAAAGAAUUGAGAAGGACCUCGGGCGAACCGAUGGAAUAAGGUAUGGUCCAAGGCCAAUCGACUUAGACAUUUUAUUCUACGGUAAAUAUAAAGUCAGAUCUGAUAUUCUCAAUAUACCUCAUGAAAGAAUUUGGGAGCGGCCUUUUGUUAUCGCCCCUUUGAUGGAUUUACUGGGAUCAGCUAGUGACAAUGAUACAGUUGCUAGUUGGCAUGCAUUUUCGAGCCAUUCCGGUGGACUAUAUGAAUUAUGGGAAAAAUUAGGUGGGGAAUCGCUUAUUGGACAGGAGGGUAUAUGUAGGGUAAUGCCUGUUGCAAAUGGCUUACUUGAUUGGUCCUUGAGAACUUCCGUUAUGGGCAUCCUUAAUUUGACCCCAGAUAGUUUUAGUGAUGGGGGGAAUUUCCAGUCUGUGGAAUCUGCUGUAUCGCAAGUUCGAUCAAUGAUUUCAGAGGGAGCAGAUAUAAUUGAUAUUGGUGCUCAGUCUACGCGACCAAAGGCAUCUAGGAUCUCUGUUGAAGAAGAAUUAAGUAGAUUAAUCCCUGUCCUAGAAGCUGUAAAGUCAAUGCCUGAGGUAGAGGGAAAGCUCAUAUCUGUUGAUACUUUCUACUCUGAUGUUGCUUCAGAAGCAGUUAGUAGAGGGGCUCAUCUUAUAAAUGAUGUAUCUGCAGGGCAGUUAGAUCCUAAUAUGUUCAAGGUCAUUGCAGAUCUAGAUGUUCCUUAUGUUGCGAUGCAUAUGAGGGGGGACCCAUGCACUAUGCAGAGCAGUGAAAACCUGAAAUAUGAUGAUGUUUGCAAGGAGGUGUCCUCCGAGUUAUAUUCAAGGGUUAGGCAGGCAGAACUAUCAGGAAUUCCAGCAUGGAGGAUUAUUAUUGACCCUGGUAUUGGAUUCUCGAAAAAAACUGAAGACAAUUUGGAUAUCCUCACAGGACUUCCUGCAAUCCGAGCUGAGAUUGCCAAGAGUAGCUUUGCCAUCUCUCGUGCUCCUAUACUUAUUGGACCCUCAAGAAAGAGAUUUCUAGGUGACAUUUGUUCCAGACCUUCUGCUGUUGAGAGGGAUCCUGCUACCAUUGCUUCUAUAACAGCGGGUGUUCUGGCUGGAGCUAACAUUGUUAGGGUGCAUAAUGUCAAAGAUAAUUGUGAUGCUGUGAAGCUGUGCGAUGCAAUUCUAAAACAUAAACAUUCUGCCAUGAAAUCUAGACAAUGAAUUUGUCACCAACUUUGAUGUUGAAUUCUUUUGAUACUCCCGUUUGAUACAUGGACUUGGCUUUAUGCAACAAAGCCUUUGCUGAUUUUGUUUGCCAUGUUGCCAGUGCUGACUGGAGCAGAGAAGCAUGGAGUACAAUUAAUGGAAGUGUAUGUCAAAUGGGAAUAAAGCUUACACCCAGAAUAAUCAGCAUGUCCUUACCAGUGUUGAAUAAACUUUGGGUAAUGCUAAGAUGAAGAGUGAAGAUUGCAUUUUUUUUUUUUAGAAUAGAAAAAGUCCACCAAUAAAAAUUUAUCAUGUGCAUUAUCUUCACUCUUGAUCCAAUUCUAUUCAACUAAGAAAUUCCCAUAAACCUUAGUCUUCCUUUGUAUUUGAUUCUCAAAUUUUGUUUCAACAUUUCACUUGUAGCUUAUGAUUGACAGAUAUUUUUGGUCAUAUAUGCAAAAAAGGAUCUGUUA